UCACCGUUUGUAGACUGGACUGCACUGAAUCGCCAUUGUACCAUUUGCUAUAGCAGCAGCGAUGAUGCAAGUUGAUCACUCGGAACAUGUGUGAACAAAAACAAGCAUGUGAAUCACCAUCAUCCAACAGUGAGGCAGCGUCACACACAACCACCAGGAGACAUCAGCCCGGACUAUGACAUGCUAGCAGUGAACAGCAAUAUUCAGAUGAAUAGACAUCUUUCGCCAACUGGUUACACUCAUUUCAACACUGAUACUUCUCGUAUUGUGCAACACUGGGGAGAUUAAUAUGCUUGUUCAGCGGAAGUUGAGCUUUUAUUGGCAACUUCUGAUUUAAGAGCUGCGACACAUGCAGGAUCUGAGAAAGUGAGACUCAACAACCAUGUCGGUAGCAUUCAACAGCGAGUCAACUGAGAUGAAGUACAGCAACCUGGACUUGACUGACAGUUGGUUCAGAAGCCAGAGGAGGUCCACCACUGCAGAGCGCUGGAUGAGACCUUCUGCAGUGUGCUCUGUACUUGUGGUUCCCCUUCUGCUCCUGGUGGUUCUGACCCUGGUGGCCCAAAAUACAGGAAGGAGCAGCACUCAGCCAGCAAGUGAGAGCUUGAAGUCUCAGUGGGAGAACCUGACCAUUCAGUGGCUCCAGCUGCAAGACAAGUGCCAUGCACUGGAGAAGGAGAAGGAUGCCAUCAAACCAGAGAGAGACGCCCUGAAAAACGAGACCAAAGUCUGCGCAGCUGAUAAGCAAAGGCUGGGAACUGAGAACAAAGUCCUUCUAGCUGAGCGAGAUGGUCUCAGAGCUGAGCGAGAUGGUCUCAAAGUUGAACGAAAUGAUCUCAGUGAUGAACGAGAUGGUCUCAGAGCUGAGCGAAACCAGAUGAGGGAGGCAAACAAGAACCUGACUGAAGAGAUCGAAGGGCUGAAGAGGAGGUAUGACAACUUGGUGAGACACAUGGACCACACUCUAAAUGGCACAGACAAAGCUUGUCCUGUUGAGUGGCUGCAAUUUGAAAGCAGCUGCUACUACAUCUCCGCAGCUCAGGAGCCCAAACGUUGGCUGACCAGUAAAAAAGAAUGUGAGAAUCUAAAUGGACACCUGGUGAUAAUCGACUCCAAACAAGAGAACGACUUUGUCUCCAAGUUCUUCCAGCACAUCUGGAUCGGUCUGUCAGACAGGGAUAAGGAGGGAAAGUGGAAGUGGGUUGACGGCACCGCGCUCACUGGCACCAACUACUGGGCGUCAGGGGAGCCCAACAACGCAGACAGCAACGAGGACUGUGCGGAAUUGCUGCGAGAUUCCAAAGAAUGGAAUGAUGUUCCAUGUGGGCAAACCUUAUCGUUCGUUUGCGAGAUGUGAGGAAGCCCAUCAGAACCAUCAGAACGGAGCUGAGCACCGAGCUGUGUUGCUCUGUGGAUCCACAGGUGUCGCUUAUCUGUUUCAUGACGCCAGAAACCAGAUGAUCUCAAUCACACGACAAAAAAGAAUUAACAUCCCACUGUUUGUUGACACCCAUUUGAUUUUUUGUCAUCUGCUUCAGUCUGAAUAAAGAUAGAGAAAAAACACCUUUCAGAUUUGUCACGUGUUAUUCACGUGACAGGCGACCAUAUAAAUGCAACUGUCGUGUCUUUGA